AUGGGUAUCUGCCUCGGCAAGACUACUACUUCGCGCUCGCCAUGGCCGGACCUCCCCCCCGACCUUGCCGCCCUCAUCAUAUCCCGUCUACCGUCCCAUCGAGACCGCCUCAGUUUCGGAGCCGUCUGCCGUGACUGGCGCCUCGCUGCGCGUCAGGAGCUGCCGCCGGCGAUGCCGUGCAUCAGCCUCGGCCGCGGCGCUUACCAGAGCAUCGCCGAUGGCAAGGUGUUUCGCUCGAGCCAUGGCGCCGACGUCACCUCCUUCGGCAGCUACCUUCUCUACAAGCACAGCCGCCGACUCUUCCUUCGCGAUUCUUCGUCCACCAUCGAGAUCCCAAGUGACCACCAUGAGUGUGCUGACGAGUGCAGCGAUAGGGGCGACCAUGACCCAUGUGGCUCCAAGAGAACAUGGCCACUGAUUCCCGCAGAGGGCGUCGCCUUCACCAUGCGUAAGGUCCUCGUGUGCUCGUCCAGUCUCCUCGUUGCGAUCCUUAACCGUGACGCCGGAAGGCCAGGUUCCGCCUAUUGCUUGGUGUUUUUCCGGCCGGGCACCGGUCAGCUCUCAUGGGUGCUUCUGCUUACCACAAAUAUGUAUGGGUCCAAGUAUGGUUACAAGUACAGGGACAUCGCCUUGUAUCGUGGAAAAAUCUUCGCACUCAAAUCAUCAGAGCAGCUCUUUACGCAUGAGAUUGGACAGCCAUGUUGCGUCGAGCAAGUCAUCAAGGAUCCCACACCGCUGCCGCCAGGGAUCGACCCAUCGUCGCCGUCGUUUCUUGUGAAGCACUACAUGGUCGUCUCAUCCGAUAAUAGGAAGCUACUAAUGGUGCGGUGGAACAUCCCUCACGCGGCCUACGUUCAUCAUUCAAAGAUGAAUCUGCAGGUGUUCGAGGCAGAUUUGGAGAAGAGACAGUGGUUGGAGGUGAAUGACUUGGAUGGCCAGCUCCUCUUCCUGAGCAGGACUUGCUCAAGGGCACUCGCGGGCUCGUCGACGGAACACUACGGGCAGACAUUUCGAGGAAAUCGUGUGUUUAUCUUGGGCACUGACUGGGCACGGAUACGGAGGCGGUUGAACCCAUGCACGUGCCAUGAUUGCGAGAAGCUCGGCAAUGGUGUUCCAAGCUAUUGCGUGUAUGACAUGACGAGUGGAAAGCUUAGCCUUGUUUCGUUACGUAGAACUCGUAGAAGGAAAAAUGCAGGUUCAGAAUGGUUCUUCCCUUCUGGGUGA